AUGUUAAAAAUUUUCUUUGAGUGUCAUGAAAUCCGUCUUAAAUGUAGCAAAUCCUCUCUAGACCAUGGUUUAGAAGUACAUAUUGUGGAUCGUCAUGAUUACUCAGUGGAUUCUGUUAAUUGGGCAGAUGUUGUUUUUACUGCUGGUGGUGAUGGAACAUUUCUUCUUGGUGCUAGUAAAAUUCUACAUCCUAAUAAACCAAUUAUCGGUUUUAACACUGAUCCUUCAUUCUCUCAUGGAUUUUUAUGUUUACCGAAAUGGUGUACUUUCAAUGUUCCUACAGCUAUUCAUCUUCUUUUAUCAAAACAUUUCCAAUGGCUUUGGCGUCAGCGUAUACGUGUCACCAUAACUCAUUCAAAAAAUGAUCAGUUGAUAAUGCAACCUUUGGAUAAAAAUAAACCAAUUAACCAAAGUAUUCAUGAAAUAGAAUUAUCAAAUACCCCACUGGAUUCUUCAUCAUGCCAACUAUUUCCAUCUUGUUGUCCAAGUGAAAUGAAGACAACAUUACUACCUGUAUUUGCUUUGAAUGAGGUUUUUGCUGGGGCUGCUUCAAGCGCAUGUGUCUCCGUUUAUGAUAUCUCAAUUGAUUCCGGGAAAACUAUUGAAAAACAAAAAUCAAGUGGUCUAGUCAUUUCUACUGGUACAGGUUCCACUUCAUGGUCUCAUCAAAUUAAUAAAAUAUCCAAAUCGAAUAUUAGAAAAUUAUUUGAUCUUGUUCAACAGAUAAAUCCAAUUAUUUUGUCGAAUUAUUUACUAGAUCAUGGUACAAAUACAUCUUCAUUUGGGAAUUCAAAUGUCAUUACAUUGGAUUGUUUAAUUGAAACAAUUGAGGCAUCAUAUAAUAAAUCAUUUAUUUUUAAUCCAGAAGAUUGUCAAAUGAUGUAUACAGUUAGAGAUCCAUUGAACAAUGGUGUAUUCAAAGUUACCAAACCGCAUGGUUUCGCUACAGAAUUGUACAUCCGAUCACUUAUGGAUGAAGGUCAUUUGGCAUUUGACAGUGGUAUUACAUUUCCUUUCAAAUCGGGAUCCAUUGCAAAAUUUACCGUUCUUCCUUCUGAUGCAUUAUGCUGUGUCACAUUUGAUGUUCCUUGUCCAGUGAACUAAUAUUUCAGGUAUUUUUAGUUCAGCUUUAUUGAGGGAUGGAUUCAGACCAUUGACUACCAGCGUUCGUUGUAAUCAUUUGUAAAUGUAUCAUUUUGUAUUAUUUACUUCGACUAUUCCCUAGACAUUUUGUCAUCAUACCAUAAAUGAAUUCAUUAUCGAGCCCUUUUUUUAUUAAUUCACGAAUUAUGUUUCUGAGAUUCUGUACAUCAUGAAAUUUGCAAUGCAAUACCCAUACUGUAACUUGUACGUUUUUUGGUUGUUUUAUUAUUAUUAUUAUUAUCAGCAUUAUAUACUCAAUACAAUAUCGACUUCUCCCCACAAGGUA